UCGGCAGCCACGGCGCGUCUGCGCAGUGCUCGGCGCUCCCUCGGCGCUGGCCAACAUGGCGACCCUCGACGCCGGACGACCUUCGGCGUCGCAGCAACGCUUCUCCUUCCGGCGGCCCAGCCACGGCGCAGCGACGAUGACCGCAGUCGAGCUCGAGCCCACGCUGUAGCCCUUUACCUGCCGGCGGCGGACACCACACGCCCGGGGUGUUCCGACGGGACAGCCUCAGUGACGCCUCUUCUCUUUCCCACCAUCCCGAGCGAGGAAACGAAGGCUUCGCCUUCCGGGCCCCCUCUCUUCUGCGAGCCUCGAGUGAGUGAGAGAGUGUGAGGUGGGGGGAGACCCACGGGGGGGCGGCCCGCCGCCCGUUCAACCACCUCCCUCGCCUCCGCGGCGGUGGCUGGUCCGCGAGGAGGCGCGAUGCCCUGGGCGCCUCAGCAGCGCACGCCUCGGCGCUGCGCCGCGGCCCGGGUCGGCCUGCCGCCGCCGCUGCUAUCGCCGCCUUCUCCGGACCACAGCGCAGGCAUCCAAAGCCCGGAUUACCCGCGUCGCCAGCAGCGCUACUAGGGGCAGCGGGCCAGCGCGGCGGGCGAUGCCGUCGGGGCCCUGAGGAGCGUUCCAUGGGCCGCCGCCGCCUGCUCUGCGCCUGGCUCCUGCUGGCGGGCCAGCUGGCGGCCUGGCCCCAGGCCGCCCUGCCCUCGUCCACCACCAGCGCCUCCGCGCCGCACCACCCGCGCUGGUCCGACGCCGUGCUCAGCCUGGUGCGCCGAGGCCGGAACGUGUCGGCCGCUCUGCAGCUCGUGCACGAGUCCCAGCACUGGACCGCGUGCAGCCGCGUCUCGCUCGCCCCGCUGGGCGUCCGGCCCAACGCGCGCUCCGCCGCGUCGCCGCUGCUCGAGCGCCAGGCGCAGGUGGCCGUGCGCACGGCCAACCUGCUCACCUCCCUCUCGGCGCGGCUGCAGAACGACACCGAGCUGGUGUACGGCGAGGACCUCUACUACACGCUGGCGCGCAUGAACGUGCUCAGCGAGGACGGCGUGCUGGGCAGCGGCCUGCUGGUGGUGCCCCGGGGUCGCGAGGCGCCCGUGCUGAGCGUGUUCGCGUACGCGUCGCCCUCCGGGGGGCUCGCCUUCCACCGCAACUACUCGUACGAGGCGGACUCGGUGGACCAGUGCGCGUGGUUCGCCCGCCUCGCGGGCGCGAACUACACGGCGUGGCUGCUGCGGCGCUACGGCACUAGCGUGCUCGACGUGGCCAGCGGACUGCAGGUGGCCGCCCGCGACGGGCUGUGGACGGCGCCGUACUUCGACUGCACCGUCACCGACACCUGGGUGGCCACGUUCGCGCUGCCCUUCCUCGGCGUGCGCCGGGACAACUCGCUCGUGUUCAGGGGUGUGGCCACUGUAAAUAUUGCUUUGAACACGAUGGAUAUCAAUCAGUGCUCCGAGGACGACCUCUUCUUCGCCAAAAGUCAUCGGUGUGAUCCACAAAGUGCCGAGUGUGAGCCCUCCGCGGGCCUGGGCUUCCGGCGGGGCGGCUACCAGUGCCGCUGCCGCGAAGGUUUCUACGCUCCCGCGUCGCCGGACGGCGGCGGCAUCAACGGCGACGCGGCGGCGGCGGGCAGCGGCGAGGCGCUCGAAGCCGCCGCGUCGGCCGAGUUCCGCUGCCUGCCGUGCCCGUCGCGAUGCGGCGGCGCCUGCCAGCGGGCCGACGCGGCCGAGCAGCGGGAGGAUGCCUGCUUCGUGCAGUACAACAUGGCCUGGCGCACUCUGGCCCUCGGCGUGCAGGGCUUCUGCACCAGCGUCACGGUCGUGCUCAUGGCGGUCGUCUUCAGGCUCAGGAAGUCCAAGAUGUUUGCAUCGGCCAUGUGGAUUCUUCUAGAGGUCAUUUUGUUGGGAGCGCUUAUUAUCUACCAAACAAUCAUAAUACGUUACUUCGAACCGACUACGACGACCUGUUUAAUAGAACCUUGGUUCCGCGAAAUAGGAUUCAUCGUCCUCUACGGCGCGCUUUUAUUGAAGAUUUACAGGAUCCUUGCGGAGUUCCGGACGCGCAAGGCGCACCGUGUGUGCGUCCGGGACAAGGACCUGCUCAAGUACCUGCUGGGGCUGGUGCUGGUCGUGGCCGGCUACAUGUCGGCCUGGACGGCCGUGGUCAUGGACAACUGGGAGAAGGGCCACAGCAUCCUGCAGGUGGCCCGCGCCGCUGGGCACCGCUCCGCGCUACGCUUCCUCGUCUGCCGCGCGCUCUGGUGGGACUACGUCACCGAGUUUGGGGAAGCUCUGUUCAUGCUUUUGGGCAUCUACUUAGCCUAUUGUAUACGUAAUGCCAAAGUUGAGUACUACACAGAAAAAUGGACUCUCUGCUGCUCUGUUUACAUCGAAACCUUGUUCUCCCUUAGUAUGUACAUAAUUCGGCACGCAUUGGCGGCUGUUCUCGAGCCUGACCAUGUGUUUCUGCUAUACUUCAUUCGCUGUCAUUGUACUGUCACCGUCAUCCUGUUCCUCGUAUUCGCCCCCAAGUUAUGGUACCACCAUCGGCCUCCAAACUUGGCAACAGAGCAUCGCAGUCGUCAUUUUUCAUCGUAUGAAAUUCCGGCCGCAUCAGAGAAUCUGAAACUCCACGAAGCCGUUCUUUCCAACGGAGAGGUGGACAUUGCAGACAUAAACCUGGCAGACAUGGAUCCGGAAGACAUAAGGGCUGAGCUUCGGCGCGUGUACACCCAACUGCAAGUGCUGCGGAACAAGACGAUGCGCAAGGACAACCCGCACAUCUCGAAGCGCCGCGGUGGCCGCAAGGUGACGCACCGGCGGUUCUCGCUGCAGCCCUUCCACCACAAGCACAAGCACGCGCACGCGGCGCACUCUGCGGCGCACGAGCAAGAGACCACCGAGGUCUCCAAGACGCCCGAGGACUCGACGGCCAGCGGUGAGGGCGGGCCCGUGCCCGACGGACCGUCUGUCACGAGCGUCUCGGGCAUCGGCCGGCCCCUGCAGUUCGACGACGCAGCCGCUCCCUCGACGCCCGUCACCCCGUCCCGGAGGUCCUAGGACGCCGACGCUGAACAACGAGACGCAGGCAAGGGGACCAAGGGAGCGUGCCAAAACCUCUAGGACCACAGAAAACCAGCCACGCGCAACGGCCGGCGCAGAACCUUCGCAGUCGUUCCCGGCAGCCACCGCGCCACGUCCCGGGAUGGUGGCGGGCACACGGGGGGAACGCACUACACGCAUCUCUAAACGAUGCGCAGAGAGAGGACAAACUAUACACAACAGCGAAGGGGAGCAUCGCGCAAACGGCCAACAGCGCGUCCGCCUCCACACACACACUUCACAGCAGACUCAUGCACUAAGGGUGCGUUCCGAUUCUGCCGGCCUGGCUGAACGUACUAGAAACUGGGCCGAUCCAGGCACUAAAUCUCGUUCAAAUCCUCGUCGAGCAAUCAAAAAGGAAACACGGCUCAGCUUGAGCGCCGAAAAUGCGGCAUUGUGCUCUCUCACUCGGCUGUUUCGUGCCAUGCCAUGAAAGCUUCGAGUCAGGCCGGUGCUCUUGUAGCAAACAGAACUAGGCACUGUGCGGACUUCUCUAGAUAAGCCUCGUCUGCAGUGACGCGUUCUUCUGAACACUCGCCUUUUUCCACGCCUAAACGAGGCUGCAAGACCAUUUUCUUUCUUUCUUUGCGUAGCUUAUUUUGCUUUCCGUCAUAAAUAAAGGUAGCGUGUGCCGGUAGUGAAACAGGCAGCUCUAUUCUUUUGUCAUUAGGCAGUUCUUUGGUCGUUCGAUCCAGCGCAACUGCCUAUGGAAGUUGGAGAAAAGACAAUUGGCGGUAGCCUCUCUCCCUCACCCUUCCUAUAGAUCUUCUUUUUUUAAUAUUGCCCCAUGCACACCGCAGGGACAGCGGUCUCAGUUACCAUGCACAUUCGGCGCCUCUGACCUGCACUGAUAUCACCAGGGCCGCCAAGUUCGAGGACCACUGGCAAGACGAAGGCUUCGCCGCUGUCACGCUUUGUGCCUAAAGCGCAAACUACGGGAGACGUUGUGACAUUAUAUGACCAAUAACGCCGCACGGCUGGUCCAUAGCGGCGCCGUCGUCGGGCACGCGGCGUACGGAGACCUUCCUGCUAUACUAAGGCUAGCACGAACUCGCCCAUUAUAUUUACUGCGAUAACCGGCUCUCUUGCACAUUAAGGACAUCGGUAUGGUCUAGCAGACGACUAUUCGUCAAGCGACAUAUAUACAUUUAUGUAACUGCGUUACAAGGCGAGUGUUCGUAUGAACAUGCAAAGUCCUCGUUUU